AUGGCCAAACGCACACUCGAAUCCUUCUACAAGACCGUCACGCCCCCGAAGAGCAAGAAGCUCAAGGCGGACGAGGAGCUGCCGCUCUCCUACAGCCACCACUCCAGCUAUCCUCAUCCCAUCGCGUCUCUACCCCCAUCGCUCGCCAGCGCUCUUGCUAGUCUGAGCGGAGCAGAGUCGAAGAGAAUCGCCAACCAGCCCCAUCUGGACCUGCUCUACUUCCACCCGCUGAUUCCUGCUCCUACGGCACGGGACCUGUUUCAGUUCCUGCGUCGCGAGCUCCCUUUUUACAGGGUCCAGUAUUCUAUCAAACGCGGGGGCCAGACCACGCAAAUCAACACCCCACGGUUCACGACGGUGUUUGGGAUCGAUGCAACGGCGGCGUUUGUUCCAGCCUCAGCGACGGAGUCCGAAUCAAAAUUGGGGCCAGAUGUGCUGGUCCCAGUGGACGUGAAAACUCGCAGACCCAUCCCUGACAACAAGUAUCAGUAUACACCGCGCCCGAUCCCCAAAUGCCUCGAUCAAUUGCGUCAAGCGGUUGAAGCGGCGGUUGGUGAUGGCUCAAGCUACAACUUCUGCCUAGUGAACUACUACGCUACCGGCGACGACAGCAUCUCUUACCACUCGGACGACGAGCGGUUCCUAGGCCCAAACCCGUCUAUUGCAUCCAUCUCUCUGGGGGCCCAGCGGGAUUUUCUGAUGCGGCAUAAGCCGAGCCAGGCGCCCGGGGUGAGUAACCAGCCGUUGAAGUUCUCGCUUGCGUCGGGUGAUAUGGUGGUAAUGCGCGGCGAGACACAGUCGAACUGGCUGCAUAGUAUCCCGAAACGAAAAGGAGGGGAGUCGCAGAAGGGCAGAAUCAAUAUCACCUUUCGUAAGGCGGUUGUGCCUGGGGGAACCAACAAUUAUUAUAACUAUAAUGUUGGGAAUGGCACUGUUUAUCGGUGGGAUGAGCAGGAGGGGAAGAUGCGUGCGCAGUCUGGUACAAAGACCGAGGAAGUCGGGUCAUGA